UACAACUUCUUUCUCAUCUGCAGAGUAAUCCUAGAGAGCUCACAAGAUGUGUGAUGCACUUGUAGGUACCUGGAAACUUGUCUCCAGUGAAAACUUUGAUGAUUACAUGAAAGAAGUGGGAGUGGGUUUUGCAACCAGAAAAGUGGCUGGUAUGGCCAAACCCAAUAUGAUUAUUAGUGUGAGUGGAGACGUGAUCACCAUUAAAUCAGAAAGUACCUUCAAAAAUACUGAAAUUUCUUUCAAACUGGGCCAAGAGUUUGAUGAAGUGACUGCAGAUGACAGGAAAGUUAAGAGCUGCUUUACCUUAGAUGGAGGUAUCCUGGUUCAGGUGCAGAAGUGGGAUGGAAAAUCAACCACCAUAAAGAGAAAGCGAGUGGAUGACAAGCUGGUGGUGGAAUGUAUCAUGAAGGGCGUCACUUCCACUAGAGUUUACGAGAAAGCAUAAAUCAAGAGACAUUGAGCUGGGCUGAUGUUUGCAUCUUACUCUACAAAGUUCCACCAGAUAUAUUGUCCAAACAUAAUUUGUCUUUCUUUUUCAUUAAUUAGCAAGUUACCAAUUGUCUCCCCCCCCCAAAUGAUCUAUGUAACUGUGUUGGUUAAAUAAAUUUUUUUA